GUAAGGGGGAAUCCCAUUCUAUAUAUAUAUAUACAUAGGCACAAACAGGACAGAAGCCGGAGCCCUGCACCCCCCAGGCCAUGGGUACCAGAGAGCACCUAGCACUGUUCGGGCCACCCAUGCUGGCACUGACACUCUCCCUCCUGGCUGGUGUAUGGAGUAUGGAGAUCACAGUGCCAGGCACAGUAUAUGCCCUGAACGGCUCAGACAUCAAAUUGCCCUGUUCCUUCACAUCCUGCUACAAGGUGGACAACAAAAAAUUCUCCAUGAACUGGACGUACAAAAGCUGUUAUAACUGCACUGAGGAUACGCUCGUAAGAUUUGACAAAAAGAUUAUUCUUUUAAACCCGGAUAAUUUUCAAAACCGAGUGGUGUUUUCAGGGAAUGCAACUAAAAAUGACUUGUCUAUUAUUAUCCAUGAUGUCCAACUAGAAGACAAAGGGAUCUAUAACUGCACCGUACUGAAUCCCCCUGAUCGGCACAAGGGUUCUGGGAUAAUAAAUCUGGAGGUGCUUACAGAAGUUCCUCCAGAGAGAGACUCCACAGUUGCAGUUCUGGUUGGUGCAUCAGUCGGAGGGUUUUUGGCUAUCGUGAUACUCAUAUUAGUUGUUGUUAAAUGUGUCAUAAGAAGAAAGCAGCAAAAUCUCAACUCAGAGGAUCAAAAAACAGAAGAGGAAGCAAAGACUGAUGGAGAAGGAAACACGCCAGGAGAACUUAAAGCCUCCAUUCCUGAGGUUCCAUGACGCAUUGUUUGACUUCAGAAGCUAAUAAUCUGCUGCUGUUCCUGAAACACGAUAAUGCUUCUAUUAUAAUUAUAUUCUGAUAUCAAUAAUCAGUGUUUAUUUGACUCAGAACUUCAUAAGUGUAUUUUUAGGGAGCUCAUCUUCUGUGUGAGAGCCUUUCUCCUUUGUUUGUGUGUGUUACUGGUAUUGUAAGAGAGACCCUCUAUUCUAUGUAUAUGUGUGUUACCGGUAGCGUUAGGAAGACCCUCUUCUGUAUGUGUGUUACUGGCAGAGUAAGGUAGACUCUCGUGUGUGUUACUGACAGGGUAAUAGAGAAGCUCAUCCCUGUAUGUGUGUGUUACUGGCUCAGUAAAAGAGACCCUCUCCUAUAUGUAUAUGUUUGUAUUUGAGAUACUGACAAAGUGAAGGGGCCCCUUUUCCCUGUGUAUGUGUGUGAGAGAGACAUUAACGGACGUGAGAUUCCCUCUCCUUUGUGUGUGACACUGACAGACUGAUGAAACUAAUUCCCUGCAUGUGUUACACUGACAGAUUGAGUGCGAGCGGACAUAAUAGUGCGAGCGGACAUAAUACGAUGUAGCGUACCAUGUCCGCUGCACAUCGAUAAAUGCCGACAACAUACACUGUCUGCAUUUAUCAUUGCACCAGCAGUUCUUGUGAACUGCUGGUGCAAUGCCGCCCCUGCAGAUUCGUGGCCAAUCGGCUGCUAGCAGGGGGUGUCAAUCAACCCGAUCGUAUUCGAUCGGGUUGAUUUUUGUAUGCGGCCUCAGAGCAGACAGACAAGUUAUGGAGAGACCGCUGCUUCAUAACGUCUAUUUCCGGGAGCCUUAAGGCUCGCAUCGAAACGGUUCAUCAAGCUCCAUACGGCGCUUGAUAAAUCGGCCCCCAAAUCUCUACUUUGUGUAUGACAGACUAACAAAGCAACUUGUCUGUGCAUGUGUAUGGUUUAGAGAGAAAGACAACGUGUGUGCAUGUGAGUCCCUCUCCUGUGUAUGUAACGCUGACAGAUCGAGCUCUUUAACACUUUCACUGCCAGUGCUCUUUUACAAUACACCUUUUCUGAAGACAGUAUUUAUUCAUUUUUGCACCAAGAUUUGUCUUAUUCAAGUGAAACUGCUAUGUUUGUUGUUCUGGAUUCUUAUAAAAAUUGAUAAAUCUGUAUAUAUCAUGCUAGUUUGGUCAUUUGAGACUGAUAAGGUUUAUAAAAAACUAUAUUAUUAUAAUGUAAACUAUUUAAUACUCUUCAAAAAGUGGACUUUAGACAUUACAAUUCCAUUUUAAAGGGACAUGAAACCCAUUUUUUUUCUUUCAUGAUAUAGAAAGAGCAAGCAAUUUUAAACAACUUUCUAAUUUACUUCUAUUAUCUAAUUUGUUUUAUUCUCUUGAUAUUCUUUGCUGAAAAGCAUAUCUAGAUAGGCUCAGUAUCUGUUGAUUGGUUGCUGCACUUAGAAGCCUCAUGUGAUUGGCUCACCCAUGUGCAUUGCUUUUUCUUCAACUGAGGAUAUCUAAAAAAUUAAGCAAAAUAAAUAAUAGAAGUAAAUUGGAUUGUUGUUUAAAUUUGUAUUCUCUUUCUGAAUCAUGAAAGAAAAAUUUUGGGUUUAGUGUCCCUUUAAUUAUUUUCUGUGUAUAUAUUUACUGCAUGCACUAAGCAGGGGUUAUACGGGUUUUCAUGUAAAUGGAAAGAAAGAGGUACAAAGAUGACUGCCUUAAAAUGGGGAAAUGAGAGGACAUAAUACAUUUCUUUAGUUUGGUUUCUGCUGAUACAGAUGGUAAAUAAAGAAAAUAUUAUUGAAAAAGA